UUUUUAUAUAAAUGUGCAGAAAUGUAUUUUCGAUAUUAAUUGAUUGAUAAUUCGAUAAAUAUUGUAUUAAAGUUCAAUUAGAACGCGUAAAAAAGGACAAACUCAUAUCUGAAUUACUUUUCAUAGAAAUACUUGAACAAAGCGUUUUCCAUUUUUGAUAUUAGUGAUUAAACAAUGAGAAUGCGGAAGAAACAUUUAACCAUUCGAAGUGAUAAUGAUUUGUUGACGAAUUAUUUACAUACAACAACUGAAGCAGUUUAAUUUAAUACUUUGUUUCGUACAUUAGUAUCCUAACAAUACUAAUGUACGAAAUCCCAUUAUCCCAUCGGAAUAAUUAUCACGAAAUUCAGUUAGAAGUUGAUUAUUCUUUUUGUUCAUAAUAAAUAAAUGAAUAUUAAAAAUAAAAAACAUAUUGUGACAAGUGUGUAAUUGAUUUUUAAAAAAGAAAUCAUGAAGUUUAAGAAAUAAAUUAUGUAUUGAUGUUAUUGGUGUUAUUUCGCGUAAAAAAUUAAAAAAUCGCGAAAAAAAUAAAGACACUGCAUGUUUAAAAAACCGGAUUAAAAAACAAAAAAGAAGUAAAAAUUAAUGUAAGAAAGAAAUUAUGGAUGAAAACGAGAAAGAAAACAAAUUGGAAGUGAUGGAAGAAGUAGUGGUGAAAGAUGUUGUGUUUUCUACCGAUACAAUAGAUAAAAAAUCUCAAGCAUAUAAACAAUCCAAUACUUAUGCCGCAAAAAAAACCGUGGCACAAGGUAUGAUGGAUGUUGCCCUAAUCACUGCCAAUGCGAAUCAAUUAAGAUAUCUGAUUGAGUAUCAACGAGAGAGCCCUACAUUUUAUUUGAUUAUGAGUUUAAUAAUCAUCAGUCUUUUUCUUCAGGUGGUCGUAGGAAUCAGUCUGAUUUUCAAAGGUCGAUUUGAUAUAAAAGGACAAUCAAAAUCAUUACAAGCACGAAAAAUCAAUAAUUACGUAGUAAUCGGUGUUUUUCUAAUAACUAUCAUAAAUGUAUUUAUUGCCGCGUUUAGUAUAUCUGUUUCUACGUUACCACAAACAACAACAAAUAAUAAUAAAAUGUAAAUACAUCUUUUAUAUUGAUCUUUGGAAAAAACUCUUCGUUUUUUCUUCUUUCUUUAUAUGUGAAUGAUAGUAAAUUAAAAUUGAUAUGUAAAAUAAAUAAAUUAUAGUUUUAUAA